AAAGAAAGGAUGCUUCUGCUGAGGAUCUGUCUCCUGCUGCUGGUGGCCACCUGCGCCCUGGCGAGCGUACAGCAGGCCGUUGUUGUCGGUGGCCUCCUGAAGGCCGCCGCACUCAAGGGAGCCGUCCUCAAGGCGGCCGCCAUCAAGGGAGCAGUCAUCAAGGGAUUAGCCCUCAAGCACAUCGUCAUUCCUGCCGUGUCGAAGCACAUCAAGGAGAACAAGCACAAGUACGAGGCUCUUCGGCAGAAGCUCUUCGGCGGCCUCGGUGGUGGACACCAUGAGGAGCACGAAGUGCACUACUACCACGACUACCACGAUCAUGAGUCCCCGAAGCACUACGAGGCCCCAAAGCACUACGAGACGACAGAGCACCACGGAUACUCGCACGGAAGCGCCUAUCAGGAGCGCGAAAUCCACAGUCAUCACAUCCCUCACUACAGCUACAAGUACGGCGUGGAGGACUACCACUCGGGAGACCACAAGAGCGCCUGGGAGAGCCGCCUGGGAGACUACGUGAAGGGAGAGUACACGGUCAAGGAGCCUGACGGCACGAAGCGCAUCGUCUCCUACCACUCCGAUCCCAAGGGGGGCUUCGUGGCGGACGUGAAGAAGGUCGGCUACCCCCACUACGGCGCCCACAGCCACUACAUCAGCCAUCGGGCGGAUGACUUCAGCGCCCCAGCACUUGUCCAGGAAACCGCUUACUCCCACGACAGGGAUGAAGACUGAGGCUACAGACGCUCUCCGCCGAGUGUUGGAUAGCAUUUCCACCCCCGGAACCAACCCCCAAAAAUCACCCCCUUCCGGACAGCACUCAACCACUCGCCAGAGUCGCUCCGGAAGCACUUACCCAGUCCCAGGGCCGCCCCUCACCCGCCGGGGGUGAGACUCCCUACCAGCAAAGGACUGCCUUGGGCUAUUGUUGAUUUAUUUGUUGUGUUUGUAAACCACCCCUUCUCCUCCAUGACAAAAUAAAAAGCCAACCCCGAACUCACCACU